UUUUUGUUUGCUUAUUUGCUCUCUUUUUGUUGGGGGGGUGAAGAGGGAGGAGAAGAUGACUGAAUUGGAUCUGUCGAAGAAGGUCGCCGAUAGGUACCUGAAGCGCGAAGUGCUCGGGGAGGGUACCUAUGGCGUCGUGUACAAAGCCAUCGACACCAAGACUGGACAAGUUGUUGCAAUCAAGAAAAUUCGGAUUGGGAAGCAAAAAGAAGGGGUGAACUUCACUGCCCUUAGAGAAAUAAAGUUGCUUAAAGAGCUUAAAGAUCCAAACAUAAUCGAGUUAAUUGAUGCCUUUCCUCACAAAGGGAACCUGCAUCUUGUGUUCGAGUUCAUGGAGACUGAUCUUGAAGCUGUCAUCCGUGAUCGUAAUAUAUUUCUUUCACCAGCUGACAUAAAAUCAUACCUUCAGAUGACCCUUAAGGGACUUGCUAUUUGCCAUAAAAAAUGGGUGUUGCACAGGGAUAUGAAGCCUAAUAAUUUGCUGAUAGGACCUAAAGGGCAGCUUAAACUUGCAGAUUUUGGUUUAGCCCGCAUAUUUGGCAGCCCAGACCGGAGAUUUACACAUCAGGUUUUUGCUCGUUGGUAUAGAGCACCUGAACUGUUGUUUGGCACCAAGCAAUAUGGUCCAGCUGUGGAUGUUUGGGCUGCAGCUUGCAUAUUCGCGGAGCUUCUUCUUCGUCGGCCCUUUUUACAGGGGUCAAGUGACAUUGAUCAGCUUGGAAAGAUCUUUGCAGCUUUUGGGACUCCAACAGCUUCUCAGUGGCCUGACAUGGUGUACCUUCCAGAUUAUGUGGAAUACCAGUAUGUCCCAGCACCUCCUCUUCGUUCACUCUUUCCUAUGGCAAGUGAUGAUGCUAUGGACUUGUUAGCCAAAAUGUUUACAUAUGAUCCAAAGAAUAGAAUUUCAGUACAGCAGGCUCUAGAACACAGGUACUUCUCAUCAGCUCCUCUGCCAACAGUUCCUGAUAAGCUACCUCGACCAGCUCCAAAGCGGGAAUCACUUAAUUCUAGGACUUCAGACUUUAAUCCACCCGAGGGUCCCACUGUGUUAUCACCUCCUAGAAAGUCCAGGAGGGUGAUGCCAGAACGUGAAGGGUUUGAAGGGAAUGCAUAUCAGAAUGAUAAAUUUGAUGAUCAUGUCAGUGAAGAUAGACCGGGUCCUGGAGAACAUACAAGCAGAAACGAGCAGGUUCCUAUGUCAUUGGACUUUUCCAUAUUUGGUGCCAGACCUCCAAAUAGACCAACAAUCAACAGUGCUGACCGGACCCAUUUGAAAAGGAAGCUAGAUCUUGAAUUCCAGCAUCCGGAAUGACACUUCAUUACUUUGCAUGACUCUCAUAAGUUAACACACUCGGAGUUCUGCACAUGCAUUAAUGAUGUUUGCGGUUACUCCCUUAAGGUAAUUUGAGUAUCGGAAAGUUUUCGUUGUUCGGUGCCGAAAAUGUGCUUGCCUUUCGCAUGUAUCAUGAUACUGAAGAGAGAGCUACUUUGGUUGAAUGUGGAAGUCAAUCAUUUAGCUUGGCUUGAAGCUGGGGAGAUAAUAAUUUUAUGAAAAGGAGGGAAAAGUGAAAGGUAACAUCCUCCUUUCUACUUGACAGAGAACUUGUACACUAGGUCAUAGAAGGCCGACAUUUUUGGAGGCAUUUUUCUUCUUUUACUCCAAGCUGAUGCUUUUGAGUGGUUUACUUGCACCUCUAAUUAGUUGUGCCCGAUUCUAAUUCUAUGAUCAGUGUUCUUUUGGUUGCUUUUGAUGGAGGAUUGAGGCUGGAGAAUGCUGUAGGCCGAUCUAUCCUGUUUAUUGUAUGUAUACUGUAGAGUAGCUAUCACAAGGAUACCCUUCGGAUUGUUUAUUCAAAUGGGUUUGAUUAUGCAAUUUUAGAUCAUUGAUGUGGAAGUUUCAUGAUAUAUUGUUUGGCAAACAGUUUAAGUGA